GAUACAUAUUUUUUCAAACCAGGAUCCAAACAAGCUUACACACUGCAUCUGGCUAUUAUUCCCCUUAAGUCUCAUUAAUUUCAUACUAGUUCCACCUCAUUUUUAUUAAUGCCACUGAUUCAUUUGUUAAACCUUGUGUCAUUUGCUUUAGAAUGUCCCACGUUCUAGAUUUGGCUACUUUCCUGAGAUGAAUUUAGCUUGUUCUCUAGUCCUUAUAUUGUCUGUCGUUAGGUCCAGGAACAUGAUUAGAUUCAGAUUUAGGUUUUUUGAUAAGAAUAUUUUAUAGGUGGUGCUGUAUAUUCUUUACUACAUCACAUCAUGAGACUUAUAAUAUGUAAUUAAUGAUCUAAAAUUAUUUAGUGAGUUAUUAGUCUGAUUAUUUAUGAAGUUCCUCAUCAACCUCUCACCUAAUAUUUUUAGCAUCCAAUGAUGAUCAUUGUAUUUCCCAUUAUUUCAUUAAGAUUUGCUACAAUGGUGAUUUUUCUAAAUCUGUUUUUCCUUACUUAUUAUCUUCAGGUAUUCUUUGAAUCAGAACUUUUUAAACUAUUAGGUUAUACUAAAAUGCACUGUAUACUGAAAAAGCAGAAUAAAUGCUUCAUUUUUUCCUUUAUCAAUUUUCAGACUCAUGAAUUAGUUCCCUAGCAAGUCCCAAUGUAAUCAAUAAGUUUCUUUCAUUUAAAAAAUACCAUUAUGAACUCUUAGGUGUUCAUGCAUUUUAAUGUGUUUCCAUCCACUCUUGAUUAUUCUUCCUGAUCCUCAAAUUGCCCUAUGUUAGACCAGUGGCAGUCCUUAUAAGGCUCCUGUGUCUUUUUGAUGUGAUCUCAUUAGUCUUCGAUAACUUCCGUGUCUCUGUCAUCGUGAGAUGUCCUAGGCUCAUCUUGUACAUUCAUUGCCCCACACCUGGAAUCAGCUAUUUCCCCUCCUUACCUUUUAGUCAGGAAACUAUUGGUGCCUCCCACUUUCAACAUGGUAGAUCUCAGAAUGUUUUUGCUUCCAUGACUCAACAAUUAUGCAGUUAGAGAUUCUAAAGAUGCAUAAUAAGUAGCUUAAUCCCUAGUGGUUAUCUUCUCCCUUUCCUAUUUCUCUUCCCAGCCCAUGGCUGAAAGGUUGUUAGUAAGAGCAUUGAAUGGUGGUGAAAGCACUAAGAUUGUUACCUUGAAUGGGAAGAAGAUGACUAAGAUGCCCUCAGCGUUAAAGAACCUGUCGGGACUGAGGGCUCUACACCUUGAGAAUAACCUGAUCCCCAAAGUGUGUUCAGAGAUACGCGCCUUGACCCAGUUGACAACACUUAAUCUGGGAAACAACCUUUUAGAAGAAGUUCCAGAAGAGAUGAAAUACCUUACCUCCCUGGAAAGGCUCCAUUUGUUUGGAAAUAGAAUUAAUAGAUUUGCACCUGGAGCAUGUGAUGGCUUACGAAAUUUGAUCCUGCUUAAUCUGAAUCACAAUCAGCUCACAUCGAUUCCUGAAGAAAUCAGCAGAUUAAAAAAUCUUAUGUAUUUGAGUAUAAAUCAUAACUGGAUCACCAGUAUUCCUAGAGAACUUUGUUUUCUUGAGAAACUUUCUGAACUUCAACUUAACUACAAUCGGCUCACUUGCAUACCUGAAGAAAUUAAGUUCAUGCACAAGCUCCAGAAGCUUUUUUUGAUCAGGAACAACAUUGAAGUUUUGCCAGAGAGAUUUUGUGAUCUUAUAAACCUAAGAGUCCUAAAUAUAGCUGGAAAUAUUAUUCGGAUAUUUCCACCAGGAUUCCGGGAUCUGAAGCUGAGGGAAUUCUACUGUGAGGAAAACCCACUGUUCCUGAAGCAGCCAGUCAGGGCUGCGAUAAAGGAGGAUGUCUGGAGUCUACAGGAAAUAACAUCAAGAUUUAUAAUGAACCAGCUAGAAGCAAAUAAUCCUUUCCUAAUGCAAGCCAUAGAAGGGUACCCAGAGGUCAAGAACACACUCUCUAAGGGAAGAGAAUGUGCAAUAUGUGGAAAGUUAUUUUUAACCACAUGGAUGGAAUGUGUUGAAUUUGUUUCUCCAUCAAAGAACUGGAAGACAAGCAGAAAUCUACAUCACGUACCCCUUCGAGUAUUAAUUUGUUCUUUCAAAUGUUUUAAUCAACGUGGCAGUAACCUGUUUGGAAUUGCCAAAGUGCAGAGCAAGUGAGAUGCUCAUGUAGAGUCUCACGGGACUUGCUUUGUGAGCUCUGCACAUACAGUCACAUUGUGCCCUAAUUACGAUAUCAUGCCUUGUCUCUUCUCUUUGUCAAUACAUUAAGC